CUUCUCUUCCGAAAAUUGUCUAUUUUUUUGAACAAUCCGAGCGUCAAUUCGAGAGACAUUACUGUACUUGGACAAAGAGGCGUCGUAACUUCUUACGAUCGUAAUCGCGGCCGAAUCGUCGAACAUUUGAAGCCUAUGUUACGUCGACGAACGCGGGAUAUUCGUUACGUACGCGGAAGAGCGAUAACGAGAAAUCGCAACUGCACGCGCGAACGAAAGUAUAUACGUACAUGACACCAUCGAACGCGUCGCUCGCGUUCGGCGCACAAACGACUGUACCCACGGGCAUUUGAUACUUCUCUACCCAUCACUUUUUUAACCGUAUUUGUACAAAGCAUCCGCAAGAAACAUCUAUACAUAUACAUACUAUACAUAUAUAUAUAUAUCUUGCGUCAACGGCACGCAAGCUCUGCGUUAAUUUAACGACUGACGAUUUACCAAUAAAGAAAGUUUAUAGAAGAUCCAGCAAUCGAGUAAACCGAAAAUCCUCGCGCGAAUCCGGGCGAACGAAACGCGAGCCGAACGGAUCGCUCUCGGGCGCGGAGGAUCGAGCCGACGGUGCUCGAUCGCGACGGCAUGCCAGACGGAACACGUAAUUGUGAGUCAGAAAAUAUGCCCGCGUUACCACGCCGCUUGAAAAAUACGGCUUUCUUUCGCACGGCCAUCGACAGGACGCGAACUCGCACGUAACCCCGUAUGCGGGACGAGUUUCAAUAAAGUUGCGCACCGAGAGAAAGAGAAAGGGAAAGAAAGAAAGAAAGAGAGAGAGAGAGAGAGAGAGAGAGAGAGAGAGGACAGGAUACCGCGGUCGACGCGCGACGCAAGCAAUUAAAUUAUGUAUGCGAAUGUGGCCAAACGCGGCGCGUCGCGGGGCCCGGUCGGAAAUAAACGAAUUUCCUCGGCAUCGAUCGUGAUCCACGCGCCCUGUCUGUUUUGAGAGAUUCUCUUUUUCUUCUCGUUUCCUGUGCCAUGCCGCGGCGGUGCAACAGCCGGUUCGACGAAUGUACCGACUUCUGGCACGCGCCCGAAAUAGCCGUCGUCUGUAUCCCCUCGCGAGGAAUCCCACGCGGGGGGUGGUGAAACGCGACGUUUCAACUUUCCGAAUGAACUGGUAAGUCACCCUCAGUUUGUCAGAAAGCUCUACGACGUACGGAUGCUUCUUCCUUCGUCCGGCCCCGCGAAUCUCUGCUAAAUCGAAAGAUCGCCGGUUCGAAACGCGAGUAAAUCCCGCGGCUCCGAGCCCCGAUACAAAUCACCGGGCACCGAUUAAUCGACUGCCGCGCAACCGUACGAAUUAAUCGCCGUUUAGCCAAUUAGGGCCGCCGAAUCAACGAUCCGGGCGUAGACGAGAGAGAGAGAGAGAGAGAGAGAGAGAGAGAGAGAGAGAGAGAGAGAGAAAGAGAGAGACGAGGUUCAACGAACUUGUCAAUUGUCGACGACCUAUGAGAUUCGACGACGGACACUUUCGCGAAAUCGUUAACGAGAGAAACGGGUCGAGAAACGACGGAUCGCCGGCCGGAGGAGAGAGAAGGAAGGAGGAGGAGGAGGAGGAAGGAUGGGCCGAAACGAAGCAGGGCCGAUAAUCAGGAUGUCGUCCGGCGGCACUCAUGCGGCCGGAGGUGUCGAAUGUUGUUGCUGCCGAUGCUGCACGUGCAUACACGUGGAAUUCCUGAAGACCAUGCCGGGCAUUAUCAAGCUCUGCGAAACGAUAAUCAGCGGUUUGAUUCAGAGCUUGCUGAUUAACUACGGCUUGAGGUACAGCACGACGAUCGGCUCCGCUUUCGAAGGGUCUUUGACCACGUCGUCCGCCUGCUUUUUGACGUCGGCGGUGUUGCUCGCCUGCUACGUAGUGUCGGAAAAGUCCUACAGACAGAUCAGAUCGUCCCUCUUCGUACGUACAAUCACGAUCGCGAUCUCCGCUCCGCGAGCUCAUCUAACGCCUUUCGAAUCGUUUCAGGAAAUGAUGUUCAACGCUCUCGCGUCGUUCCUCUAUCUAAGUUCCGCAUCCUAUUUGGCGUUCUCCACGAAGCUGUUCCUUCUGCCGGAAUAUUACAUAAGACCAGGAUUCGAUGUUUAUCCUGCGAUGACGGCCGCUUACAUGUUGAGCGGCUUCGUCGGCGUGCUGCACGGGGCGGACGCUUAUUUCUCUUACGUCCAUUACAAGACUGGACGUUGAAUCGCCGUCCGAAACGCGUCGAACGACGCACGACGAUCGGAUAAUCGGGCCCGAUAAUCAGGAAAAUGGGUCGAGUGCCACUGGAAGCCGAACCGAUACCGAUCUUCGCGCGCGGCCGAGAAACCGCGAGGAUUCCGGCCGAUUGGCCACUGGACCGUCUCGCGCGUCAUCGAACACCUCGUAGCGAUGCCUCUAUUUUGAUACUGCUGUUACUGGAUUUGUUAACGGUUGAUUAGACUCUCCUGUGAAACAGAAUAUUCCACUCGUCGACUGUGUGUUCGACUUCGACGUCGAAGCUGAAACCAGAACACACAGAAUUGUAAUGCGUACAGCCUGGUGUGAAUAAUUAUAGAUUACAACUUACUACGAUUUAGUAUAA